CGCAGUUUGUGUAUUAUAAACUUAUGCGAAUUGGAACUUUUGUUUGUGCAAGCCUCAAAGGCCGUGUUUUAUACACAGAUAAUAUAUCAUCUAAUGGCAGACUGCUGUAGUCAGGUUUUGGAAAAGUUUAAUUAGAUAUGUAGUUAUCAAACAGCCUAAUAGAAGAAAUUCAUUAUAACUGGCUACAGUGCAUUUGAUGGGCAAGUAUUUCGUUUUAGCGCUAUAAUUGGAGAAUUUACAUUCUGAUGGGUGUGAGUUUAAUUUUGGUACACCGGUAGAUGCGGCAACUCACAUCUCCAGAAAUUAUAAGUUCUCUUUUUUGUUUUUCUUGCUUUUUGGUUGGGAAAUGACGUUGAGCGCAUAUCUUGGACUUUUAUCUCUUGGGAGCACCAUCCAAACCCGAUCCAGCGCCGAAAACCAACAUGAAGAAGAGCAUGAGUUAAAUGCUUUGAGAAGGAUGGCACAAAGUAUUGCUCGUGCAGAAAUCGACACUGUUUCCACUGUGAGUGUUCAUAACGCACCGUCAGAACGUAAAAAAGUGAGAGAGAAUAUAUCGGGUGUUAUUCUAGCCAUCGGCACCAUGGUAGCCAAUUAUUCUUUAUGCUUUCCCAUUGUAGCAGCUCGACAUCGAUUACAAGCUUUACCAACUUUACAUAGCUACCAACGAGAUACACCUAUGUAUGGAGCAUCCACCAUCCUUUAUGCCUAUAGAAACGGUGGCAUUCGUCGACUCUAUCCGGGAUUUGGACUCGGCUUAAUAGGUCAGACCUUAAACGCAACCUAUGAAUCAGGUUUGAAUACGGUCAUGACGGGUGUGACGGCAGCGGCAAAGAAGAACAGCAUGUCCUUAUAUCGAUUAGCCAACGUAGUGUCCAUGGGAUUAGCACUAGCCAUCAACAUUCCCUUAUACCCACUGUAUAGAAAUGCUCUUAUUCUUCGAGUGCAAUCCGACUCAGCACUUACCCAAAUCGUGAUACGUACACCGCAAGACUUUAUACGAUUGUACAAGCAAGAUUUGAAAGAUUUCUGGCCUCCUCAUGCAAACAAUCGACACAUCCUGUCAACUUUUAUACCAUCCUGUAUUUUAAACUUAAUCACUGAGAAAGUAUUGAUAUUCAUUUAUCGAUUUAUCUUUCAAAAAUAUUCAAACGAUGCCAGUAAUGACUCUUCCAUCACUUCCUCCUCCAGUAGUAGUAAAAAAAAGAGCAGUUCCACUGUGCUACAUACAUUCUAUCCUGAAAUUGCAUGCGGUGUUAUCAGCAGUAUUAUUACACGAGCAUUGAGUUAUCCCGUGGAUACCAUCAUUUUCAAGUUGAUGGUUCAAGAUAGCGGCGUAUUAAAAGUCAAUACAACCUACAGUGGAUUUAUCGACUGUAUUCAAAGAACAUGGUACGAAGAAGGAGGAUGGAAAGCAUUUUAUCCUGGUUGGGGUAUUGGUGUGUUGGAAAUAGGUAUGGGAUAUCUUAUUUUGGAAGCAUCUUGGUUGGCCUACAAGUGUAUUCAAUGGAAACUAGCAGUACCUGGCUCAAAUAACACAAAAAUUGUUAAAAAAGCGCGUAAACUACGUGAUAGACUAGUGGAUUGAAAGUAAAAAAAAUAAAUGGUU